AUGUGAGAGGCACAAAAGCCCGAGUGUAGGUCUUCUAGAAUUUCUUGCCCCCUUUCAGGGGUGAUGCAUUUCAAUAAAGGUCUCAGAUAACCCUUCUUGAAAAGUUCUCCAUUCACUAGUAGAAAAAAUGAAUUGCACAGCGCUCUUUUCGCACCGGUUCUUGAAAAUCGGUGGGAAAAGAAAUGGGCAGGAUUGGGGAAAAUACUUUUCCCACCGGUGGGAAAUCAUAUUUUUCGCACCGGUUCAAACCGGUGCGAAUUACGAAAUAUAAAAAAAAAAAAAAAAAACGGGCUGCUUUUCUUCUUUCUUUCUUUCUUUCUUCUGUACUUUUACUUUCCCUCUCGUAUUCUCCUUCGUUCUCCAUCCACAAUCCCGAAUUGCCCUAGCUUUCUCACUCCAUUGAAGCAGCACCUCCGCCUCCAUUGAAUCGUGCUCUAUAUUCUCCAUUGAAGCCGAAUCUGAGCUUUCUCACCUCCAUUGAAGUUGUUCCUGGUUUGCUUCGAUUUCGCUUCCUUUUGGUUUUGAUUUUGUUUUUUUUUUUUAGCUGUUCUUGAUUUUAAUCUUCUUUGCGAUUGAUGAAUUGUUGGUUUAUUUUGUUGUUGUUGUUUUAGGGUUGUCGAAUCUGGUUGUGUUAUUAAUGUGUUAUUGGAUUGAUUUUUAAUGGAUUUGCUCAUGAAUUUGUUCUAUGUUUGAGUGAUUUUUGCCAAUUGAGGUUAAUUGGAAGAAAUUAAGGGUUUUCUAAUUUCUCGAGGCUGUUAAUUGGAAGAAAUUAAGGGUUUUCCAAUUAAGGGUUAAUUGGAAGAAUGUCAUGCAAUUCAAUUUCGUCAGGUUUCUUUCAAUUUAUGUACAUACAUUAUUGUUGUUAAUAUAUAAUUCGUGAACUCUUGUUAUUGUAUAUGUUGAAAUUUUUGAAAUUUAUUUUAUUCCAUUGAGUUAAAUUUAUCUGUAUUAAGUAGAAUAUGAUGGCAUUGAGUUAGAUUUAAAAUUUAUUUUGCGGAACUAAGUUAAAUCUUGCUAUAGUGAAUAGAAUAUUGGUGUUUUCUGUAUUGAUUGAAUUUUUUUUUCUACGUCAAUUUGAUUCUUUAGAAGUGGGAAAUUGGUGUACAACUUAUGGUAUGAAAACGCAAAAAGAUUGAUUACUAAUAGUCAUUUCAAUUGAAGAUACUUAUUUUUCGGUGUUUAGAGAGACAUAAAGAGCAAUGAUAUAAAUCGAAAUGAUGACCGGAUUACGGAAUGCACAUUGUGGAUUUGUGGUACAAUCUUAUAAGUGUUGUGAUAUGUUUUGUUGAUGAUGUUAUCAGGGAGAUGAUUUGUGUGUUAGCUGCUACUACAUUGACAGUGAGCUCAAUGCUUAUGCCAUAUCUUCUGCUCAGCUCUAUUCAAACACUCCUUCGGAUUUUGAUUUUAAGCUUGAAAGCCUUGCUCAAGGUUUUCGCUGCUUGUCAGAUUUUGUGGAACACCUUGCUGCUUCAAUUGAUAUUGUGUUUCCUGUCAUCCAUGGUCCUUUUGGUGAAGAUGGUACUCUUCAGGUUCUUGCUUUUCGGGAUAUCAAUCCACAAGCUCCUGUACACAUUUUGAUCAUUCCCAAAGUUAAGGACGGUUUAACCAGACUCGCUAAGUUAACUCUAGAGUUAGCUUGAAUCCUUCCCCUACAAUGGACAUCAAUGCUGCCAUCGGCAAUGAGGACACCAGCUUGGGUGGGGAAAUGGCAUUUGAUACUACAAAGACAAACACCAUUGCCACUAAUGUCACUGUGCUCUGCUCUACAUCAGUUUUGCAUUCUUGCCGCCCUUGAAGUCCUGAGUUCUAUUAGUUUUUGUAUACUGUCAGACAACAUAUGUUAGUGUUUAUAUGUCCAAAAAUAUAUAUGUUAGUGUUUAUAUGUCCAAUUUUUUUUAGUUUUUUAA